CACAUUUGUACACACCCUCUCUCCUUUCACACACUCCCUCCCAGCUCUACACAUUCACUGCCUCCCAGUCCUCAUCUGCACUUCGUCCGAUCGGCAUGCUGCCUCCCACAGCUGAGCCACUUUAGACGCAAAACAACCCCUGCCCCCCCCCCCCUCCAAAGAAAAGACCCUUAUGAUGCUGACCUGAGAAGAUGUGAGGUGAGCCUGCAUGGGUAGGAAGUGCCGGCAUCUUCCACUCAGCCGUCCAUCCGUCACAUUUCAGCAAACUUUUUCCGGAAGGAGAGCAGUCUACCCAUGUGGGAGGAGGCUCUGUGGACCCGCGGACGCUACCUGCUGGAGAAGAGCGAUGGAGGUGAGAGCGGCGAGGGGCCGGACAGCCUCGGGGGAGAGGGCUGCCCGGGCUUCCAAGGGGAGGCGUGCAUGGAAGGGGAGAAGCCCCAGGACUGGCUGUACGAGUCCUACUACAGGAUGAGCCAGCAGCAUCCGCUCAUCGUCUUCCUGCUGCUCAUCGUCAUGGGAACCUGCCUGGCGCUGCUGGUGGUCUUCUUCGCCUCGGGACUGAAUACGGAGGACCACCUGACCUUUCUCAUCACCGUGCCCACGGCCCUUUUCCUCUUCCUGUCCAUCUUCAUCCUGGUCUGCAUCGAGUCUGUCUUCAAGCGGAUGCUCCGACUCUUCUCUCUCCUAAUAUGGGCGUGUCUGGUCACCAUGGGUUACCUGUUCAUGUUCUCAGGAGGGAUACUCAGUCCCUGGGACCAGGUCUCCUUCUUCCUCUUCAUCGUGUUUGUGGUGUACACCAUGCUGCCCUUCUCCAUGAGAGCGGCCAUUAUCGCCAGUGCCAUCACCUGCUUGUCACACACCGUCACCCUCAGCGUCUGCUUGGCCUCGGCCGCCGCUGACUUGGAGCCUCUGGUCUGGCAGAUCCUCGCCAAUGUGAUCAUCUUCACCUGUGGCAAUCUCGCGGGGGCGUACCACAAGCACCUGAUGGACCUGGCCCUCAGGCAGACCUACCAGGACACUUGUAACUGCAUCAAGUCCCCCAUUAAACUGGAAUUUGAGAAGCACCAACAGGAGCGUUUGCUCUUGUCUCUGCUACCGUCUCACAUCGCCCGAGUCAUGAAAGCCGAGAUCAUCCAGCGUCUCCAGGGACCAAACUUUGGUCGAACGGAGAGCACCAACAACUUCCACAACCUCUACGUGCAGCGGCACACCAACGUCAGUAUUCUGUACGCUGAUAUCGUGGGCUUCACCAGGCUGGCCAGCGACUGUGCUCCAGGGGAGCUUGUACACAUGCUGAAUGAACUCUUUGGCAAGUUUGAUCAGAUAGCAAAGGAAAACGAAUGCAUGCGAAUUAAGAUCCUGGGAGAUUGUUAUUAUUGUGUGUCGGGCCUGCCGGAAUCACUGCCUCACCACGCCAGGAACUGUGUGAAGAUGGGCCUGGAUAUGUGUGAGGCCAUCAAGAAGGUUCGAGACGCCACAGGCGUUGACAUUAACAUGCGCGUCGGCGUUCACUCUGGGAACGUCCUGUGUGGUGUGAUCGGCCUCCGCAAGUGGCAAUAUGAUGUAUGGUCACAUGACGUGACACUAGCCAAUCACAUGGAGGCGGGAGGUGUGCCAGGGAGGGUCCACAUCUCAUCAGUCACUCUGGAGCAUUUGAAGGGCUCCUAUAAGGUGGAGCCUGGAGACGGACAGAGUCGAGAUUCUUACUUGAAAGAACAUGGAGUGGUUACCUACCUGGUCGUCAACCCCAAGACUGAGAGACACAGCCCACUGCUGGGUUUGCGCUCUCGCCCGUCGUUGGAUGGCGGCAAGAUGAGGGCGUCGGUGAGGAUGACUCGCUACCUGGAGUCCUGGGGGGCCGCCAAGCCAUUCGCCAACCUCCACCACCGUGACAGCAUGAGCACAGACAACGGCAAGAUCACCACUACCGAUGUUCCGAUGGGGCACUACCACUUUCAGCGACGGGAGAGGUCCAAGUCCCAGCGCAGGAGGUUUGAGGAAGAACUGAAUGAGCGGAUGAUUCGCACCAUCGAUGGCAUCAACUCACAGAAACAGUGGCUGAAGUCAGAGGACAUCCAGAGGAUCUCGUUGUUUUUUCACAACAAAGCUCUGGAGACCGAGUACAGAUCCACCACCUUACCAGCCUUCAAGUACUACAUCACAUGUGCCUGCCUCAUAUUCUCCUGCAUAUUCAUAGUGCAAGUCCUCGUCUUGCCCAAAACUGCAGUGCUGGGGAUAUCCUUUGGCUUGGCCUUCUUGCUGUUGGCUCUGAUCCUGGUGCUUUGUUUUGCUGGUCACGUUCUGCAAGGAAGGAAGGGAUCGGCGUGCUCUUUCCCCUGGUUGAAUACUUCCUCCCGCAUCAUCGUCACUAACAAUCCCUGGCUGCGCCUGGUCCUCACCAUGACGACCACCGCUCUGAUUCUGGUGAUGGCCGUCUUCAACAUGUUCUUUGUGGAGGAGCCUGGGAGAUCCAUGCAGGAAGCCUUGCCGUCAGCCGCACCUGAACUGAACAUGACCAAUGACACCAUGCUGGACUUCCAGGUUGAACCCGCAGGAGAAAGGCGGUUUUAUCUCCCAUACUUUAUCUACUGCUGCAUCCUGGGCCUCGUGUCGUGCUCUGUGUUCCUGAGGAUCAACUACGAGCUCAAGAUGGUGGUGAUGCUGGUUGCCGUGGUGAUCUACAACAUCAUCAUCCUCCAGACGCACGCCUCCCUGUUGGACGGCUUUAGCAAAGCUCUUUACCCCACGGAAACACUGGAUAGACCCGGAGUCCUGAAGGACCUGAAGACAAUGGGCUCUGUGUCUCUCUUCAUCUUCUUCAUCACACUUCUGGUGUUAGCCAGACAGAAUGAAUAUUACUGUAGGUUGGACUUCCUGUGGAGGGACAAGUUCAAGCGGGAGUGUGAGGAGAUUGAAACCAUGGAGAACCUCAACAGGGUCCUACUGGAGAACGUGCUGCCCGCCCACGUGGCCGAACACUUCCUGGGACGCAACUGGAAGAACGAGGAUCUUUACCACCAGUCGUACGACUCCGUGUGCGUGAUGUUCGCUUCCAUCCCGGACUUCAAAGAGUUCUACACCGAAUCGGACGUCAACAAGGAAGGACUGGAAUGCCUCCGUCUUCUCAAUGAGAUCAUAGCAGAUUUUGACGAAUUGCUGUCCAAGCCAAAGUUCAGUGGAGUGGAGAAGAUUAAGACCAUCGGGAGCACCUACAUGGCGGCCACCGGACUCAACGUGACACCAGGACCAGAGUGCACACAGGAACAUGACAGGCAGUACAUGCACAUAGGCACCAUGGUGGAGUUUGCCUUUGCACUAGUUGGCAAGUUAGACGUCAUCAACAAACAUUCCUUCAAUGACUUCCGACUGAGAAUCGGGAUAAAUCACGGACCAGUCAUUGCGGGGGUCAUCGGGGCCCAGAAGCCUCAGUACGACAUCUGGGGGAACAGCGUGAACGUGGCCAGCAGGAUGGAGACGACAGGCGUUCUGGGGAAAAUCCAGGUGACAGAGGAGACCAGUGAGAUCUUAUCCAUGCUGGGCUAUAUGUGCUCGUGUCGAGGCAUCAUCAACGUGAAGGGCAAAGGGGAGCUGAAGACCUACUUUGUUCACACCGAGAUGACCCGAUCGCUGUCACAAGGGACCGUCAUGCCUUGAGAGAAAAAUAAAAACAGACUCAAGUGUGGAUACACAAAAGUGGCAUCAGCACUGAUUGGUCAUGCUCUGUAUGUUGAAGUCGUUACCAGAGGCCACAUCGGACUGUGAAGACACACAGUAAACCCCAGCCAGGCGGACACCGGAUCUUGCUCUGUGGGUGUUUUUUUUUCACCUCUCAAGUGUAAAAGACCUGCUGAGGAGUGUCGAGUGCCUAACCAGAGAGUUGUUGGCUAAAUGGCUGCAGCUCUCAAGGAGCGCAGUCAAGCGUUUGUACAGAAGUGCACAGCUAAUUAGCCGAGUCAGUCUUGCAGUGCUUCGGAGCAGACUGUAGAUAUACACUAUAUGGGCAAAAGUAAGGAGACGCACUUCUUUAUCCUUUUUCUAUCUAACUUCACAUCAUUAAGGCGAGCGAAUGAGAUGGAGCCGGGAUACACCCUGGAGCCGAUGCCAGCCAACCACGGGGCACAUACAGUAUAGAUAAAAGAGUCUCCGAUUUAGCUGAACAUGCAUGGGAGAAACACAGAGAUGUUCCAACAGAGAUUCAAACCCAAAUCUUCAGUCUGUGAGGCAGACAUGUUAACCACUAUCUAAGACAUUUUCAUCGAAGCAGGACGUUUUGGACUAUGAAGACACAGUUGGGUGAAUUUGCUAUGGAAGAGCUGACUUUGUGUGUCCAGCAUCACAAUUGCUCUGUCAAGCCGUAUUUGGUACUGCAGAUGACAACGGUGACAGUAUCUGCAAGGACAAUGGUGCAGUGCAUUGGCCGUAAUUUCAGCCUGCUUUAAUUCAUUUUGGAAUGUAAUUUAUUUACUGAAAUGCAUUACAUUUACUCGACUAAGCUGCUGGACACGUCUUUGUCGCAAUAAGUUCAAUUUCUGGUUCUAUGGUUAUCAUCACACUUUUUCCUCUUUGCAAUCAGGGGCGAUCCUGACAGAAGGAUCGGGUUCUGUGCGGAAAUUGUGCUGCUUUUGGCGUGUUUGACAUCGGAGGUUUCACAAAUGCACAAAUAGGUGAGAACCAACUGUUUUCUCUCGUCCUGUUUCCCCCCUCAAUACUUUUGUCUAUAUCCUGUAUAUGCAUAUAUACAUAUAUACAGUAUAUUUGCCUAGUUGGCGCUGUGGGACACUUUGCUCCUGUUUAUUCCAAGCAGAUGUUGAAAUAAGAGUGACAAAGGACAGUUAGUGCCAACAACUACCUAGCUUGAUUGGUAGUUUUGAAUGUGAAUUGUAUUAAUAGAAGCUUUUAGAGCAGCAUUCCACUGGAGAGCAGAUGGAUCAAGUCGAUGAUUGCUUUCUACCUGGAAACUAGCCAACUGCAGUAUGUGUUUAAAUGUGCCCCUUGCUACCAUCCUUUUUGCUAUUCAUUAAACAUUCGUAUAUAACUUGA